CUGGAUGUUGAUGUCCUACGCCUGACACCUUGUUGCACUCGAAGCUGAGCGAGCUCUGGAGGAGUGCAGAGGAAUUUACGUGUUUGCUGCGGUAACCUCAUCAGCCUGCCAAGAUGGCGAUGCAAGCGGCCAAGAGAGGGAACAUUCGACUUCCACCUGAAGUAAAUCGAAUUCUGUAUAUAAGAAAUUUGCCCUACAAAAUCACGGCUGAAGAAAUGUCUGAUAUAUUUGGAAAAUAUGGACCUAUUUGUCAAAUCAGAGUGGGGAACACACCUGAAACUAGAGGAAUAGCUUAUGUGGUCUAUGAAGACAUCUUUGAUGCCAAGAAUGCGUGUGAUCACCUGUCAGGAUUCAAUGUUUGCAACAGAUACCUCGUGGUUUUGUACUAUAAUGCCAACAGGGCAUUUCAGAAGAUGGACACAAAGAAGAAGGAAGAACAGUUGAAGCUUCUCAAGGAGAAAUAUGGCAUCAACACAGAUCCACCAAAGUAAACGUUUUCUGCAUUUUCAUUUUGGACUGUUUAAAACCCACGAAUGACCACCACUACCCUUUUUUUUUAACUAAUAGUGAAUGUUGUGAUUUCUUAUUU